CCGAGGCGGCAUGCGCAGUGCGGGCGGGGCCGCUUUUGGCGCCGGCGGCCCCUUCCCCCGCGCGGCGCGCCUCGCGCCGAGCUCUCGCCGGAAGCCCCGCGGGAAGUCUCGCGAGAGGCGGGCGGGCGGGCGGCGGCGGCGCUGCGUGCAGCUCGCAGGGGUCUCCUCAGCCGCUCGGCUCCCCGCAGCGCCCGGGCCCUGCCGCUCGCCGCCCCGCCGCCGCCGCCAUGUCGCGCUACCUGCGGCCCCCCAACACCUCGCUCUUCGUGCGGAACGUGGCCGACGACACCCGGUCUGAAGACUUGCGCCGUGAGUUUGGUCGUUAUGGGCCUAUAGUUGAUGUAUACGUUCCACUUGACUUCUACACUCGUCGUCCCAGAGGAUUUGCUUAUGUUCAAUUUGAAGAUGUCCGCGAUGCAGAAGAUGCUCUCCAUAAUUUGGACCGAAAAUGGAUUUGUGGUCGACAAAUAGAAAUCCAGUUUGCCCAGGGUGAUCGGAAGACACCAAAUCAAAUGAAAGCCAAGGAAGGGAGAAACCUAUACAGUUCUUCUCGUUACGAUGACUAUGACAGAUAUAGGCGAUCUAGAAGUCGGAGUUACGAAAGGAGACGAUCUAGAAGUCGUUCUUUUGAUUACAGCUAUAGAAGAUCGUAUAGUCCCAGAAAUAGACCUACUGGAAGACCUCGUCGUAGCAGAAGCCAUUCGGACAAUGAUAGGUUCAAACACCGCAAUCGAUCUUUUUCAAGAUCUAAGUCCAAUUCAAGAUCACGAUCCAAGUCACAGCCCAAGAAAGAAAUGAAGGCUAAAUCACGGUCUAGGUCUGCAUCUCACACCAAAUCUAGAGGCACCUCUAAAACAGAUUCUAAAACACACUAUAAGUCCAGCUCAAGAUAUGAAAAGGAGUCGAGAAAAAAAGAACCAGCUAGAUCCAAAUCACAGUCAAGAUCACAUUCUAGAUCUAGGUCAAAAUCCAGAUCAAGGUCUUGGACUAGUCCCAAGUCCAGUGGCCACUAACUGUAUCCAUGUUGGUUUUAGGCAUGUAAGAUUCAUUUACACGCAGUUCAGUUUACUUAAAUUAUCAGGAAUAUGAUGUUGCAACAGUUCUAAAACAACAACAACAAAAAACUUUCUUUGUCAGUUUUCCCUGUAGCAGACAAUGGUUAAAAUUGAAACAGUGUUGAGAAGCCACUGAGACAGAGGGGGAGAGAGAGAGGGAGAGAGAGAGAGAAUGUCCUCUUGGUUACAUGUUAUGGGCAGCUACUGAAUUGAUUGUGGUGUCUCUAUGUAUAUUUUUGUAAAGAUUUGCAUUUUUAAUGCUUAGAUAUUGGUGAUGACUUGAUUGAUCGUAAUUUGCAACAUUGUCCUAUUGAAAAUGUCAUACCCGUAGAAAUUGGUACCAGUUUGUGCUGAACAGUUAAACCAACUGUUUAACUUGUUCUUUAAUGCUGAACUUUGUGAUAAAAUGGAAAACUGGACAGCUGUAGUGCAACACUGACUGCUGUGAAAUGCAGACUGGUAAUUUUAUGUUUCCAUUGUUCAAAGGCAGGUUUCUGUGUUCUCCAUGCCCAGUGACACAAGUAGGUUGGUAAAUGGAGCUCUGUGGAGAGAGAUUUUUGAAAUUUCUCUUUAACCCUGCCAUCUGGAGAGAUGGUACUAACAUUGCAUAUACUACACAAGGAGAGAGUUAGUCUUGGAAGCUCAUUCAGAGAGUUGUGCAGUGUUGUGACUUCUCAGCAUAGAGGCUUCACUGCUUUUGGCCUGGCUGCUAAGUGUGUGUGGCGGGGGGAACACCUCGAAAUGGAAAAUUAAAUUCAGAUUUCAUCAAAUGACAGAGCAACUAAAUAUUAGGUUGUGUGUACAUUUUAAGCAGUUUUUGUAUCUAUUCUAAAUUUUAGUGAGCAGUUAACCAUGAAAUUGCUUAGUUUUCCUGCUGUUAGAUACAAGUAGAUUGUUUCAAGUUGUGUGUGUACAGUAUAUAAGAACUAAACUUUUAUGCCAAUGACUCCUGUGGUUAGUUGGUGUAUUCAUAGGUAUAAAACUGUAGCCAUCUCUCUUCUUGAGUAACAAAGGCUUGCUUCUACACAUCAAAAAAGUAUUUAGUCGAGCAAGUCUAAAUCACUUUUUCCUCAGAACGAAUAGUGGACUGGUUACAAGGUUUCGUUUUACUUAAGAACAAGUGUUUAAGGUUGGAUAUGAACAAGAGCUGCAUCUAGAUAUUUAGUUUCACUAAUACAGUAUAUUUAGUAAAUUGAAUGUGAAAAAUAACAAAACCAGUGUGUAAUCUUACCAGUAUUUCUCUAGAAGGCAAAAUAUUUUGUUAUGAAAAUGGCUUUUGGCAUUUUUUUUUCUAUUUACCUUCAAAAGCCAGCAUCAAACACCUAGUGUUCUGUGCUGUCUGUGUAGUAGCAUAUAAUGACAUUGAUUUUAAAAAAGUUCCUUUUUGGAGAAAUGUUUUAGGGUUUGGUUCUAGUGUGUUCAGCAGGGCCUUUGAAGAAAUGCAGAUGGCUUUUAAAUAUUAGCAGUGGAACGUGCUUAGGGAAUUGAUUCUAGGAACCUUUGUACGUUUGAUAGUAUUUCUAACUUUUUUCUUUACUGUUUGCAGUUUAAUGUUCAUGUUCUGCUAUGCAAUCAUUUAUAUGCACGUUCCUUUAAUUUUGUAGACUUUCCUGGAUGUAUAGUUUAAAAACAGCAUAAAGUCUAUUUAAAACUGUAGCAGUAGUGUGCAGCUCUAGCAGAGGAAAGUUGUGGGAUUAAACUUUGUAUUUCCUUUCUUAUAGAGGCUUCUAAAAAGGUAUUUUUAUAUGUUCUUUUUAACAAAUAUUGUGUACUACCUUUAAAACAUCAAUGUUUUGAUCAAAAUAACUAAAGACCCAGCUUAUUUUCUGCUUGCUGUAAAUUUAGCAAACAUGCUGUAAUAAAAAAAUGAAGGAAA